GAAGAGGUUAUAUGCAGAUUAGAUCGUGGUGCCCUAAUUUUAUAAGCUCUCCGUGAGUCCAUAGGCUGCUUUGACCUUGUAAAUGUUAUUAAAAUCCUCCAUUUCAUUUCAAUCACCUCUCUCGAAACGAACGGACACUAUUUUUCCGCGGCAGGAACUGAGCGUCCGCGUUAUUCCAAGGCCAUCUGCAGUUUUAGCCUCAAAGAAUAUCCAGAGGCGUUUUGGGAUUCGAGGAGUAAUGGAGGUGGAAAAGGUAAGGAUUGUAGCGAGGGAGAAGCAGAUCAUGGUGGAGAAGCAGGGCGAUGCAGUCCGGGCAAUGAAAGCAGCGAAGUUGCCCCAGGAAGAUAUUGAGAAGGCCGUUAAUGAUUUGAAAAAUCUUAAGCUCGAGUUGCAAGAGUUGCAGGCUAAACUCUCCGUCGAGGGCGACGCUGCCUCUCUCAGCAAAGAGGCCUUCCGUCAGGCCGUCAACAAUACACUCGAAAGGAGGCUCUUUUAUAUCCCAUCCUUCAAAAUUUACAGAGGAGUUGCUGGAUUGUAUGAUUACGGUCCUCCCGGUUGUGCUGUUAAAGCCAAUGUCAUUUCUUAUUGGCGACAGCACUUUGCUUUAGAAGAGAACAUGUUGGAGGUUGAUUGUCCAUGUGUUACACCGGAGGAAGUGCUUAAAGCAUCUGGGCAUGUUGACAAAUUCACAGAUCUAAUGGUGAAAGAUGAGAAAUCAGGCAUGUGUUAUCGGGCAGAUCACUUGCUUAAGGAUUACUGUAAGGAAAAACUUGAGAAGGAUCCAUUAUUGCCAGUAGAGAAGGUAAAUGAACUGAAACAAGUGCUGGCUGUUCUGGAUGAGUUAUCUGCUGAAGUUUUGGGACAAAAGAUUAAAGAAUAUGGUAUAACUGCUCCAGAUACGAAUAACCCCCUUUCAGAUCCAUAUCCAUUCAAUCUUAUGUUUGCAACGUCCAUAGGGCCUUCAGGUGCUAGUCCAGGUUAUUUGCGUCCAGAGACUGCACAAGGUAUAUUUGUAAAUUUCAAGGACCUGUAUUAUUACAAUGGAAAUAAGCUUCCAUUUGCAGCUGCUCAGAUUGGUCAGGCUUUCAGAAAUGAGAUAUCCCCUCGCCAAGGGCUUUUGAGAGUUAGAGAGUUUACCCUUGCUGAGAUUGAACACUUUGUGAAUCCUGAUGAUAAAUCUCAUUCCAAGUUUAAAAAUGUUGCUGAUUUGGAAUUUCUAAUCUAUUCUAGAGAAGAGCAAAUGGCCUUAAAACAACCUGUGAAGCUUCGUCUUGGUGAUGCAGUUGCAAAGGGCACUAUCAACAAUGAGACACUGGGUUACUUCAUUGGAAGAACUUUCUUGUUUUUGACAACUCUGGGAAUUGAAAAAGAACGCCUUCGUUUUCGGCAGCAUUUACAGAAUGAAAUGGCUCAUUAUGCUUGUGAUUGUUGGGAUGCAGAAAUAGAAUGUUCAUAUGGAUGGAUUGAAUGUGUUGGUCUUGCAGACAGAUCUGCCUAUGAUUUGAAGGCUCACACUGAAAAAAGUGGCGUGCCUCUUGUGGCUCAUGAAACAUACGCAGAACCCAGGAUGGUAGAGAAAUUAGUUAUAAUUCCAGCAAAGAGGGAGUUGGGGUUGGCAUUCAAGAAGAAUCAGAAAAUGAUUGUUGAAGCUUUGGAGGCCAUGAAUGAGGUAGAAGCUAUGGAUCUUAAAGCAAGGCUGGAAUCUGAAGGACAGGCACCAUUUGAAGUGUGCACUCUAGGCCAAACUGUCACUCUUACAAAGAACAUGGUAUCCAUAUCCAAAGAAAUUAAAAAAGAAUAUCAAAGAAUUUUCACACCUUCUGUGAUUGAACCGUCCUUUGGUAUUGGUAGAAUUAUCUACUGCCUUUUUGAGCACUGCUUUUAUCAAAGAUCAAACAAGGGUGGGGAUGAGCAAUUAAAUGUUUUUCGUUUUCCACCAUUAAUAGCACCAAUAAAAUGCACUGUCUUCCCCCUUGUUCAAAAUGAGAAAUAUGAGGCAACAGCACAACUCAUUUCUAAAUCAUUGACUGCAGUGGGUAUAUCACAUAAAAUAGAUAUGACAGGUACCUCCAUUGGGAAGAGAUAUGCAAGAACAGACGAGUUAGGUGUGCCAUUUGCAAUAACUGUUGAUUAUGAAACUACAGUAACAAUUAGAGAGAGGGACUCAAAAGAUCAAAUACGAGUCUCAGUGGAAGAGGUAGCUUCUGUAGUAAAGGAAGUAACUGAAGGUCAGAGCACUUGGGCAGAUGUGCUUUGGAAAUACCCUGCACACACAUCCAACUCUGCAGAUGAGUAAGGUUUGUGGAUUUUCACCAGGAAUUUUGACAGAAUUUAAAAUUGGAUUUCUGGCAAUGAAGGGUCUAUGACGAGAAUUUACAUAUCUAAUUUUUACAUGCAUUUUAUAAUAUUGUAGUAGCAUUUUUAGGAUGCUUCAAGUUUAACACCUUUUAUAUUUAUGUAAGCCCUGUAACUGACGACUCUUGUUCUGUUUAAUGUUAAGGUUCUUGAAUUGUCUUCAAACAAUUAUUUA